AAGAAUCUGUCAAGUAGAAAUAUUCAUCAUGCAUUCAUGCAUCAACAUUUAACAGUCAGCUAACCAGUAACCACUAGUGGCGACUGGCGAAUGCCUUAACUUUUAAGUAUCAUUAUAUUGUAUUCUAUUGUUAAAACUUAGGAUUACGGACGGUGGUUGUUAUGCCGGAAAUGUAUAAGGAAAAWCACCAAAAUAAACGAUAAGAAGUUAUUGGUAAGAAGCAUUCACAAGUUCGUAUCGUUCACCCACAACUAGCUUACUUGAGUUUUACAGAUUUAAGUAUUAUGUUAUCUUGUAUGAUAGUUAUGUUAUACAAGUGUAAAUAAGAUUCAUAAACUUUAUCUGCAAUAUGCCGUCUUUUUAAUUUCUGUUUUCCCUUCAACUGUUAGUAUAUCUUGUUSAAUAUUUUGUAAACAUUUUUUCUCUUAACCAUGAGUAUGAAACAUUUAACAAACAAAACUCCAAGAAUUCUUCAAGAACUUAUGACCCAACAGGAUAAUUCGAAAUGUUUUGAGUGUGGUUCUCAUAAUCCACAAUGGGCUUCUGUMUCAUAUGGUAUAUGGAUUUGUUURAUGUGUUCAGGAAAACACAGAGGUCUUGGGGUUCAUUUGUCAUUUGUCAGAUCCAUCACCAUGGAUUCUUGGAAGGAUUUGGAAUUGGAAAAAAUGAGGGUCGGAGGAAAUAGAAAUGCUAUAGAAUUUUUCAAAUCUCAGCCUGAUUGGAGUGAUUCAAUGACUAUUGAACAAAAAUAUAAUACAAAAGCUGCAGCACUGUAUCGAGAUAAGAUUUUAAAUUUAGCUAAAGGGGAACAAUGGAGCYCUACUACAUCAUCAGCUAAAGAUUAUAAUGUAGAUCAUAUGAAAAUGAAGGGUAACCAAUCACAUAAGUAUGAUUUUAAUGAACCAUCAACUAAUUAUAAUGAAUUGAAUUCUGGCUAUCAAAAUGAUGUUAUCAGUCCAAAUAUUAAAGAUGAGAAAGAAGCAUUUUUUGCUAGAAAACAAUAUGAAAACAUGACAAAACCUAGUAAUGUCCCUCCAAACCAAGGCGGGCGUUAUUCUGGAUUUGGUAAUACAGUUGAACAGCCUCCUAGAAGUCAAUCUCAAGAUCUUCUUGAUUCUGCAGUUUCGUCAUUUUCUAGUGGGUGGUCUUUAUUUUCCUCAUCUGCAUCAAAACUAGCCUCUCAAGCCACACAAAGUGCCAUUAAAAUAGGCGGCCUAGCCACUCAAAAGGUAUCAGAUAUAACCACUGACAUAAGCUCAAAGAUAAAAGAAGGUACAUUAAUUGAUGACGUAUCCACUCAAUUUUCUUCUAUGUCUACAAAGGUAAACGAGCUAGGCCGUAAAGAAUGGCAAAAUAUUACUGGCAGUAAUAUUCCUACACCGCCAAAAUCACAUUCAACUAAUUUUGUAGCACAUUCCACUGAGAACUCAUCUUUAAUUUCUGAUGGUUCAUCUGGAAAUCAAAAAAACAUUCAGCGUAAAAAUAGCUGGACAUCUUGGGAUGUUAAUAAUACUCAAGCAAACUCAUCCUCAGAUCAAACAACUGAGAAAUAUCAACCAAUUCAAGAUGAUUGGAAUAACAAAUGGGAUAAUAACUGGUAGAUCUGCAUCAAAAUUGUAAUUACAUUUUUAUUUUUAAAUAAUGAUUUAAAGAUAUAAUAUUUAUUAAUGUUAUUUUUAAUUCCAAACA